AUGCCCAAGCUUCGCUGGCGACCUCCGCGCCGCCGCGCGCGCGCCGACCGCCGCGGACGCCGUCGUGGCCCCGUGCGGGAGGGGGCCUCCACGGCCGCCGCCGCCACAGGCCCCACGCGGAGAAGGCCGCCGGCGUCGUGGCCCCGCGCGAGGAGCCGAAGCCGAGGACGACGAGGAGUAGCUCGGCUCGGCCACGGACCACGGACGGGAGGGAGCUCCGUCGCCGGCCGCGGGGGCCCUGCAGCCGCCGUGACGGAGCGGAAGGGGACGCCGCCCCUGUGCCUGCGCCUCCCCUGCGCGAGCCUUCGCCGCGGCCCGACCACCGCGCCGCCCCUGCUCCUCCCCUGCGCGCGCGCCUCCGCCGUAGCCCGGCCGUCGCCCCUGCGCGCGCCUCCGCCGCGGGCCUGCCGUCGCCCCUGCGCGCGCCUCAUCGAGGGAGGUGGGCCGCCGCCGCCGCGCCGCGCGGCAGUCCCGCCGGAGCCCGCCGAGCACCACCACAGAGGCGGGAGGAAGGGCGUCCACGCCAGCGACCUCAAGCCCGGCCGCCGCUGCAAAGGUGGAGCUCCAGGGGGCGGUGGAGGUGCUCCGGAGGCGGCGGCGCUGCAGGAGGGCCGGAGGGGGCGGAGAUGGAGGAGGAAGGCCGUCGUUGCCCCGCGCGGAGGAGGCCGGGGAGGGAAGCAAGUCGCGUGCCUCAAGCGUGAAUAG